GUGCCCAACUUGCGGUUGAUGAUAAUGAAAAAUGGUUCCAGGUUGAUUUCCUAAAGUGGACCAAAGUAACUGCUUCGAAAACACAAGGCCAUGGUGACGAUAAUUUUUAUAUUAAAACGUUUUUCAUGCAAUACAGCAGUGAUGGAAUCAAUUUCAGGAAACAUAAAGAAUAUGGGAGGACCAAGGUUGGAAAUUACCGUUUUUAUUUAUCUUUAACAAUAUCUAAUUUCCAUAAUUCUUGUCAUGCCUGGAUUUUGUAUUUGAAUAUUGUCUGUUACUGUAUUUUUACGCCAUGCAAAGGUCCGACACCGAACCUUCUUGUUCUAUACGCGGUUAUAGGGGCCGACAUUGCCUAUCACGAGUGGGCUUGAUUGUAAAUGGUCCAAUGCAUUUUCAAAAAUGUAUAUAACUAUCUAACUGCUUUGUUCUCUAAAAGUGAUAAGAAUAACCGUUUAGGCCGUUCAACACCCAAAAUAAACAGUGCGCUAUGCAUCGAAGCAUAUUCAAGUCCGUUAAUGUAACAAUAAGCAAUUUUUAAAAUUAGUUUUAAUACUUGCCACAACCUCGUCAAAUUUUGAUUUGGCUCAUGCCACAGUAAAAUUGCAAAUCUUCAGUAUAUUGUUGCUUUAUAGUGCUACUAGAAAAUACAUGCAUGCAGCAACCCUUCGGCUUCGCCUUUCUUAACAGAUUAACUCCACAUAAAGUAUUAAGACCAUUAUAAACAAACAUAAAAACACAACUGAUGCGCUAGUUUAUUACCCUGCAUGUAAACGAUAACAUUCGCUGCAAUUUCAUGUAUACCAGCUUGCAUUAAAACACAUUAUUUAUUGUGAAUUACCGAGUUAAUGGUUUAAACGUUUCGCAGAUAUGAAUAAAAUCGACAACACAAAGCAAAUACGGCAUGGAAUUUUACUUCUGAAGUGUUUACACUUACCCAAACCGGCACAACAACGAUUAAAUUAUUAAAAAUAUCAACAUCAAAACAUUUAUUUAAUACAAACUUUGUUUCACGGUUGGACAGCCACUAAUUCAUAAAAUUGCAAGCUUAUUUCCAGUUCAGGGGUUAUUCUAAGGAUAAUUUACAACUCCAGUAAAUAAAAAAAUUCUGCCACUUUGUUGAAGUAUUAAGCCUUGAGGAGGAGAUCUACUGUGUCGACCUGCAUUAUCCCUGAGAAUAACUAGCACGGCUAAUUAAGUUUUUUGAAUUUGGUGUGGUCUUCAUCUCACUUAUUCUCUAGUUACACUCUAUGUGACUCUGUCACAGCAACUGUUAGUCACUUAGUCACUUUUCGGUGUCGUGACGUAAGACCCCACGCAUAUACGGUACACCUGUUGGACACAAGCUCUCAUUGGGUCAAUGGUGGGGAAAUUAAUUACGUCUUGAAAGAAGGACAUUUGUAAUAGUUAUUAUAUAGGCUUUAGUGCACAAUAAUUCCAUAUUUCCUAUAAACUGAUGACAUACUUCAUAAACUAUAAACAUCUUAGGAAAUAAAUACGACCUUUGAAUGAGUUUAGCUCAAUCUCAGGUCAAAUACUUUUCCAUUUAGCAGUCACAAUUAAUAUUAUUUUACUUCUGGGUCUUUAUAAAAAUAAAUAAAAUGUUUCCCCCUGCUGACAGAGCACUAAAGUGACAAAGUCUAUCAACGUAUCAAACUGAUAAGUGAUAACGACGAAUAAAAUCACUUCAGACGUCUCAUUUCAGUCCGAAUAGACUCAACACCUUUGACUUUCACUUUCCAGAAAGUUGAUAAAGCAAUAUUAUUAUCAAUAUUAUAUCAGUCACAACUCCAGUGUUUUUCAUUUACAACUCCAGAUCUUUUUUUCCAACUUCAGAAAGACCUAGCAAAUCCAGCUUAGACUAACCCCUGUUCCAGUUAAAAUCGAAGAAAAAAAAGUUUUGUACUUUUGUUAACUUUUUAACGAAUUAAAACAAAAAAUUGCUGUAAAACAGCAAAAUACGUCCUUUCAAAAUGAAAAACAAUUACUUUAUAGACAGAUCUUGUACUUGCGCAUGCCCAUAACGUCGAAAACCGUCCAUGACAUAAACAAAAUGGAGCACAACUUUGCACUUCGCUAUAUUUUCACAUACCCGGGUUUAAUUAGCCGUGCGGAAUUAGUAUCCUCGCACGGCGCUUCGCGCCGUCGGCUUGGGGAAUAUACUUUAAUUCUGAUUUUCUGUGUUGGUGUUGUGUACUCAGGUGAAUAUGAUGUUUGUGUUGUUACUCUGAGUGUGUAUCCACACCGGGCAGGCUUGAAAAAUAUGCCUGCAUGGCCACGGUGGGAAUCGAACCUACGACCUUUGGAACACUAGCCCAAUGCUCUGCCAACUGAGCUACGCGGUUAGGUCGGUUCGAGUAUGUGAUAUUUCAGAACUAAGUCUAGUUCCAUCCAUAUCAAUGUAAUCUAUUACAUUGAUAUGGAUGGAACUAGAUUCAGUUCUGAAAUAUCACAUACUCGAACCGACCUGACCGCGUAGCUCAGUUGGCAGAGCAUUGGGCUAGUGUUCUAAAGGUCGUAGGUUCGAUUCCCACCGUGGCCAGGCAUAUUUUUCAAGCCUGCCUGGUGUGGAUACACACGCAUGCAGAGUAACAUUCAAACAGACUUUAAUUCUGUUUGAACCUGAUAGGUAUAUCCAGCGAACUACGACCAGACUACGAUUGUAGAGCAACGUCUGGACCGAGUUUUAUUGGUUCGCUUCCUACGUAUUAUCCCCCAAGAAUGGAUAGGGUCACGAGUUUCGAUAAGGAUGGAAUUUCUUGGCUCGUAUGUCGGUAAGUUAUUAUCUGCUCAAACUAUGCUCUAAUGUACACAAGAUACAUAUAUAAUUCGUGAAAGAAUAAAACAAACCUAAAGAAUGCUAAAGUCUAGAAAUGAAUGGCCCGGUUAUACUAUCUGGACGAACUUAGGCUCUCAUCAAUUCUCAUUAUCGUUUCACCGGGGCUUUAGUAUCACUAAGGAUCAUCACUAUAAGACUCGUAUAGGAUCAGGGGCGUCCCUUGUCGGGAAACUCUAGCCCCCUACUCGAGGGAAAAUCCAUACAAAUUACGUCAAGGAAGACGCUAUGUUUUGUAAUUAACGUGUUUUAUAGUUCUGUUGAACACAAUGUUAAAGACAAUUGGAUUCCCUAGUAUUCCUCAAAAUUCUUGAAAUAUCGUUUUACAGACUUAGAAUUAAAUUUUUUUUUCGGGGUAGCAUGCCCUCGAACAAAAAUUUUAUUGCCUACAUGUAGUAUUACAGUAUAACAACGUGGGACGUUAGCUCCCUCGUCGAAGAAUUCGUGGCGCCACCACUAAUAAUUAAUAAAUUAUAUUUAUAUGAUAUCAAGAUAUCUUGAUAGCUAAAUGUCAAUGAACGGCAAACGCGUUGAUCGAUGGUUACUUUGAAAUGAUUUUCCAUGUUCCACCGUUAUUUGAUCGACGGCACGUCUUCAAUUUUCUUAAUCCUUUUAUCAUAUUUCAUUUAGUGUGCAUGUGAUGUGCGAACAUUCAGUUAUAUCGUUUUUCUGCAAAAAUCUUACCUUUCUAGCCCCACUAAAAUUUUUAUAUAAGAUGAACCUUUUAUUAGAAAACUUCCCUUUACUUCCAUAUAAAACGCAAAAACGAAACAGAUGAAAACACCCAUUUAAAAAUUUCACAAUUUUCACGCGCGUGGAAAGGUCUGUUAUCUGUGAAACUGUUGUUCCAUUCCAUAUAUGAAAUCAUCUCACUUGUGAAAUAAUUUUCACUUAUGAACCUUUACUUUCAUAUGUGAAAGAUUACAAAAAUAAAUUCUGGAAAUCAUGCACAUAAUAAAAUGCGCGUUUGUUUAAAAAACGUUUUGGCAACGUGUUGAUGUUAGUAUGAUAAUAAUAUACAUAAAAAUGUACGUAGUACUCGACCGUGAUUGGUUGCUUUCAAUCCAGUUACUAUCAAACAGCAGUUCAAAAUUCUGUAACAGCAGUGCAAAAUCUGUAACAACAGUGCAAAAAUCUGUAGCAAACUAAUUUGAUUGGUGGAAAAACAAUGGGAUUUAAAAUCAACCAAUUAGCAUAUAGUAGUCGUCAAGUAACGGCCGCAACCAUCUUCAAAACAAAACAAAUUAACAUUGCGAUCACCUUACAUAAAGUAGAUGUUGAGUUCGGGUGGAAAAUAUGGCAUUUCAUUUUUUUUAAAUGGAAAAACUUUACCAUUAAUAAAAACAGUAACAAAACUUACACACAUAUAUAUAUAUAUAUAUAUAUAUAUAUAUAUAUAUAUAUAUAUAUAUAUAUAUAUAUAUAUAUAUAUAUAUAUAUAUAUAUAUAUAUAUAGUUGUAAUUUAGCGUUAGCGUUGUAAUAUGUGAUAUAGGCCUAACAAAGUAGUUAAACUCUGUCAGUGAACGGUUUGCUGUAAGCGUAUGAGUUCAAAUUACAAUUGUCUCGAACAUUUUUAUGUAUAUUAUUAAUCCGUAAUAGGAUGGUUUCUAAUAAGUUUUUAGACGUUCUCUGGUUUUUAAAUAUUUAUUAUUACGAGCUUUCGACUGCCAGUCUGCAGUCUUCAACGGGUGGAUUACCCGUUGAAGACUGCAAACUGGCAGUCGAAAGCUCGUAAUAAUAAAUAUUUAAAAAACAGAGAACGUCUAAAAACUUAUUAUGAAUAAUCCUGGUUUCGCUUCAAACAUAUUUAAAAGGAUGGUUUCUCCUGAAAUUUGGAUAAAACAAGCACCCGUGAGGUUUUCAAAUAUCUCAAAUAUAGCACUCCACGUCCUGCGGACUCGUGUUAUAUCUAUAUUUUGAUGCUCGUUGAAAAACUCACUCGUGCAUGUUUUAUCCAAAUUGCGUGACAAGAAAUUAAACCAUCCUAUGCUGUUCUCAUCGGAUGUAAUUACAAAAGCAUUAAUCCAACAAUUUGUUUACCUUUGAUGUUCUGUGUAUGAAUUUCCGUCGAGUGCAAGUUAUGAGAGCUUGAGGAUUAGGAGUAACUUCUUUUAUUUUUUAGACACUGAUUGGUUUGAUCCGGUUGCACUUGGCAUGGAAUCCAGUUUGAUUGUCGAUUCUCAAUUGGCUGUGUCGUCCUUCAAUGAUUCUAAGACAUCUGGGCCUGGUCAAGCGAGACUGAACGUGAAUGCAACUACACAAAGCAUCAGCACAACAAUUCUGCAUAUAACUGCAUAUAAUGCAACUAUGAACGUAACUACCAACAUAACAACAGUGAAAACAUCGUAUGUUCGACAUGGUGGUUGGAUAGCAGCAGGCGAUGACAGUGAUCCAUGGUUUCAAGUAGACUUUAGAACCAAUGUAACAGUUACUGCACUGGUAACCCAAGGUCUGGACAGCGGCAUUGCCUGGGUGACAAAAUAUACACUUGCUUAUGGAUAUGAUAAAGAUGACUUGCAAGAUUACAAUGUUGACGGAGAAAUAAAAGUAAUGUUUUAUGUAUAAUACAUUUGUAUUUCAGUACACCAUUCGCAAAUGACAUAUUGCGCAAACCCUUAAGAUAAGUGUAGCGGGAUAGCAAAUGUAUAUGAAUUUACCCCGAUAUAGGCAUCAAACUGGAUUAAAUAUCUGUUUUAGAAGAAUCCAAGCCGAGAACCAGUCAUAAUAACUGGGGAUUCAAAUAAUAUUGUCCUUUCCUAUAUUUCUGUCAUUUUUUUAGUUUGGGAGAUUUUUUGCUUGUCAAAAUAACUGGAGUUGUUUUGAAUUUUUAAAGUUCUAAACAGUGUAAAGAAAAAUAUGAAAGUGAGCUAUUUUCCGCGCGUUUGAUUUAAAGUACGCGUAGGAGUGCUUUAUGAGGUAUAAAACACGAGUACGCAGCACAGGUGUUUUAUAUCUGAUAAAGCACGACUAUACAAGUGUAUUAAUAAAUGACUUAAAAAACGACCCAUCUUUGAGUUCAUUGGCGAAGUAAUUUUAAAAAUAAACAUUGUUUAAACCGAAAAAAUCAAAACUAAAGUUUAUGUAAAUUAACAUGAUUUUUGAGUUGAUGAGCGCCCGAUCUUUAUAAAUAGCAGUUGCGAAUAUCUUAACGAACUUGCAAAAUUAAUUUAUUUGUUUAUUUUAUUAGUAUUCACUGCCCAUUGGGACAACCUCACGCUUCAUUAGCAUGCAUUCACAGCGUAAAUCUAUAGCAAUGCGUGCAUUUUGAUUCUACUAAAUCGUCCUGCUUUUGAAUUAGUAUUCAUACGGCCUUUCAUAAACAUCCCUCUAACAUGACUUUCUAAUCCUUACUGCGAUUUACAAGUGUGGACAUGCAUGUAGACUUAUUAAUUAUUCAUGAAUUUUAUAAUCACAUAUAAAACCACCGACACGGUAGUAAUUUAUUUUGUUUUCUCCUCGUGAAUUAUUAAUGAGUUUUUACUGUCUUCCCGUAUUUUUGUAAGCAAAAAAUUUUGACUCAAAACUUGCCUUGACUGUAGAAACAAUGCACCUACUGCGACUCAAAAUAUUAGGUAAACUUACUCAUUUGACAAAUUUAUGAGCAAAUUUACUCAUUUUUGUGAGUAAAGUAAAUCUUUGCUCAGAAGAAGAGUACCGUUGAGACAUUACUAAAAAAUUGAGUAACUAUUAUAAUAAGAGUCACUGCAUGUGGGUCCAUUAUAAUUUUACUCAAAAUACUCAGGGAUUUUUUGGAGAGAUUGUCCAAUUGGAUUUAUUUUAUGCUUUCAGUCUUCUGCUUAGAUCAGUGGGAAUUAGUGGGAGAAAGAAUAUUCAAGAUACAAAAGUCAUUAUACAGCUCUAUCAAGCGCCAUUCAGCAAACAUAUUCUUCAUAUUAAGAUUUCACUUUCUCUUUAUAAAAGGUAUUCUCAGCAAACUACAAUGCCAGCACCUCAGUAAGGCGAGAUUUAUAUCCAUACCUCAUUGCUCGUUUUGUUCGUAUCAAGCCAAAAAUCUGGAUUGAAUAUUGUGCGUUGAGAAUAGAAUUCUAUGGGCGAUAUGAAGGUAAGAUUUGCAAAGAAAAUCAAAUGCAAAGAAGUAUGGCUUCCUUGCUAUAACUUGGCUUCAAGGAUUGAAGAAGCCUGUUUGUAUAUAGAGUAAAUAUGUCUGCGAAAACAUGAUGUAUAUUAUUUUGGCUACCUAAUUGGACAGUGCGUGAGACAACAAAUUAGAGAUAACGAUUGUUUUACUGUUUAAUAUGCUGUUUUUCGUCAUAAUUUGAACCGCGCGUUAGCCCGGCAGAAAUUCGAUAUACUGUACAGUGUACAUGCAGUAAGUACUAAGUAAUGCUGACACCGGAAAUCAAACGGAGAAAAAUUGUUUAGUUAACACAAAAGCUUUGUAAUUGAAUUGAUCGAAGUGAGUCAGUAGUUUUUGUGAAAUUCAUCGACACCGUUUCCUGUACGUGGUGGUUCAAAAACCUCAAAGAAAUAUUCGGUAUGUUAGUUAGGAGCUUCUAAAUGAUACUAUAUACACCGAUUCGAAAAAUGGUGCAUGGUCAUUCUUUUUUUUCUGAAUAAUUUCACUAAGGUAAUCACUACCGCUUUAUAGAAUACUUCAAGACUAUAACAGUUUUACAAAGUAUAAAUAUAAUAUCACGUAUUCUUUUUGAGAAAUUAAAUGUGAAAAAUACCGAAGUUUAUGUUAGAUUACAUGAAGCAAACAAUCCUCAUUUUGGUGAUUUUUCUUAAACUUUUACACUUUGCAUAACUAGCAAUCUCUAUUCUCUGUUAAAAAAAUGUUUAUUAGGUAAGCCUUGUAAUGCAUAAAAUAUAAAAUAAUGCAAAAUUGUGGUAGCUACAAUCUUGGACAUAACUGAUUGAGAAUACUUUCCCCUCAAUACAAAAUUCGCAUACCCCUUAUGAUAAAUUCUAUGCUGAAUUAUGUUGCGUUUCUUUAGCCCCCGCUUCCCCCAACUCAAUGUUGAGCUUGUGUCAUAGUAAAUUACCAAAUGUUGUUUCGGGGCUGAAUUGGGGCAGAGGGGGAGACAAAAUUUGUUUUCCCAAUUUGCAUUAACUUUGCAAUAUUAGCAGGAACUGUCUCAAAAGUUGGGUCCAAGAGUGCAGUUUUCCAAUUGGUCAAUAGCAUUAGCUAAUUUUGGCAAAUUAUAAUAGAAAGGCGCAAUUGCGAAUUAAUUUCGAAAUUUGUAGCACAGGUUAUUGCUAUGAAUUCCUUAGAUUCUGAAAAAAAUUCUUAGUUUUAGUAAAAUUUCCUUAAUGACUUACCAAACUGUUUUUGUUGUUUUGAAUGCUGUUUUGGACAUUAGUUAAAAAAAGUAUGUAAUAGACACUUCCCGAAUUUGCUUGAGUGCACACGAAACAAUAGCUUGGAAUCGAGGCGGACAAUGUAAUCCAUUGGAAAACUAUACUUAUUUCCAAUGGAUUACAUUGUCCGCCUCGAUUCCAAGCUAUUGUUUCGUGUGCACUCAAGCAAAUUCGGGAAGUGUCUAUUUGAUGGAAUUUGGUAUGUUAUUUCUUCUCAUUAGAAUAAAUUUUGCAUACCAAAUCAUGAGCUUUCGCGCGUUCUUAUUGGCUAGUUGACCAGGAAAUCUGACGCAAUGUUUGCUAGCAGACUAGUUGUGUUUUCGAAACUUGUAAAGUGAAAAGUGUAUUAAUACUUUAUUUCGAGCAAUAGUUUUACAUUUCAUUUUAGCAAUUUUCUCAGCCAUUUCCUAAACUAACAAUAUACAUGAAAAAAUUUCUCAAUUCUGAUUGGCUAAGUGCAGUGCAAUUUAUUCGAAAUACAGUGCCAAAAAAUGAAAUACAUGCAGUGCCAAAAUUGAAAUACAGCGCAAAUUUCUUUCACUAUAAGAUAUACAGCCAUUUCUAGCAGAAAAUAAUACAAAAAAAACCAAACAUAUACCAGCGACAAAUAUAUUCUGAGUAAUACACUUUGUAAUAAACAAUAAAAUCACACAGAAAGCCGUUUUGAAAGCGUGUACGUACAAGAAACAGGCGGGGAGGGGGGGGGGGGCAGAAAGUGCACACGCUGAUUUUAAGUUAUUUCCUAAACCAGUGCAGGUAUCAUGGUUCUGAAAUUUUGUGACUUUCCUAAAUAUUUAUGGGCUUUAUGUGUGGGAUAUUUGAUGAAAAAAUAUUGCGAAAAAGUUACAGCUUAGCCGUGAACACAUGCAACACUAAAUUUCAGCAUUUUUAAUUAUGUUAUAUAUAGUAGUUACAAUUAAAAAGUGAGCACUUUUUAAAGAACCUAUUUUUUUAUAUACUACCUUUUUAUCUUGACAAAACAGGUAAAAAUUACAAUAAGAAAAAAUUCUAAAAAUCUGGUUUUUGCAAUUAUUGACGUCAUAAUGACGUUAUAAGUGCAACAUAUACUUGAACCAGGCAUACCAGUACCACCUGUAAAAGUUUCGUCAGAUUUCACCAAAUGGUUCAGGUGAUAUUGACCGCGAGCACUUACCCUAACCGCCCCCAGUCUCAAGAGACAUAAAAACCCAGUCUACAUGAUAGGGUUAAGUCCUCAGAAAUUCCCUGGAAAAGUCCCUAAAACUUUAAUUUUCUUAAAGAAAUUUUGUUUUGGCCCUCGUACUGAUUUCUUUGAAUCCAAUUUCUGACAAAGUUUCCAUAUUAAGGUCUCACACUAAUAAAACAACUUCAUAUAUGAAGACAUAAACAAACAAAAGACAGCAUCCUUAAUCUCAAUUUGGAUCAUUUUUUUCAGAUUACCGCUUAAUAUGCACUAGCUCCAGCGAUUAACGCUUAAUAGAGCGUCUUGUUGUAUCAGUUCUUUCAAGCAGUGACCUUUUUUUUUUAGGUUGUGAAAAUGUAACACCAUUGGGUAUGGAGAAUGGCACUAUUCUACACAGUCAAGUCACAGCUUCUUCUACAGACAAUUAUAAAAAUUCUCCUCCCUUAGCCAGAUUAAACUUACAAGAAACGUCUACACAUGAGGGGGGUUGGUUCGCAGCUGGUGACGACCUUUAUCCAUGGCUUCAAGUAGAUUUUCUCCAAUAUGCAAAAGUCACCGCUAUCAUAACCCAGGGUCGACAAAUGAGUACUGCAAAUUUUGUGCAUGAGUUCACGGUGUCCUACGGCAACAAUAAUAAAGAUUUUCAGCAGUACGACGAAUUUGGAAUCGUUAAGGUAAACAAAAAAAAAGAUAUAUGUAUAUAUAAUUUCGCUUACCUCAAAAUUUUGCAACAGUCUGUUUCAUCAGUAAAGAAUUAUCAGGCGGUAUAUAUACCGCCUCAUCAGUAAAGAAUCAUCAGGCGGUAUAUACCGCCUGAUGAUUCUUUACUGAUGGAACAGACUGUUGCGAAAUUUGAGGUAAGCGAAAUUCUACAUUUGCUCUAUCUUUAUGUUAUUGAGCACUCUUUGCGGUUCGUAUACACAAAGUUACUCGUAUAUAUAUAUAUAUAUAUAUAUAUAUAUAUAUAUAUAUAUAUAUAUAUAUAUAUAUAUAUAUAUAUAUAUAUAUAUAUAUAUAUAUAUAUAUAUAUAUAUAUAUAUAUAUAUGUAUACAUAUAUACAUAUAUAUAUAUAUAUAUAUAUAUAUAUAUAUAUAUAUAUAUAUAUAUAUAUAUAUAUAUAUAUAUAUAUAUAUAUAUAUAUAUAUAUAUAUAGGCAAUCAGGUUUGGUUCAGCUUUCUCAUGUCGUCUUCGUAGGUUGCGGGUACGAUUUUUCUCAUUGAUUUGAGCCUUUUUAAUCUCAGGAGGACUUACUCUCGAUUGAUCUAUAAUGAUAUUGACGAUUGAGGCUGUAAUCGAUUUAGAAUUUUCAUAGAAAGUGGAGCUCUUUUUUUUUUUUUUUGUAUAAACUUUAUUAUGUCUUUACGUUUGCCUCAAGAGCACAAUGCUCAUCUAGGAGGCUCACGUACAUUAAAAAAUUACAAUAAAACACACAACACCCAGCAGACAGAGAAUAAAUAAAAUAGUAUGCCAAAUUGCGCCAGAAAUAUAUGCUGAAUAUGUAACUAUAUAAAUUGCUAAAAUAUACAACUAUUUAAAACGUGCUGAUUGCUCAAUGAAUAAUCUUACUGCGGUAAAUAUAGCAGAAUUAGCAUGAAAAUUCAACAUUGGUAAACCAUUAAGUAACGAAUCUACUUGCUGAGAUAAGCUAAGAGAUAACCAAUUAUUACCAGCAUUCUGCACAAUGGAAGAAAGCAUGGAAUCGCGCAGAGCAGCAAAACAUGGACAAAACAUUAAGUAAUGUGUUACAUCUUCCUUAAAUGCACCACAAAUACAAGAAGGUGAUUCGAUACAAUUCAUUAAAUAAAGAUAAUAAUUUAAAGCACAGCUUUUGAGUCUUAGUCUAGUGUGUAAAAUAUUUAAAUAACGAUCCCCAAGAUUGAAUAGUUUAUUAGCAGGAGGUACAUAAAAUAAAUCACGAGUCAAAUUAUUUGUAAAAGAGUCAACUGAAGAAGAAUUUCGUAGUUGUUCUGGAAGAGUAUUCCAAAAUUUUAUAGUCGAUGGUAAAAAAGACUUCUUAAAUUUUUCCGUAGAGGCAAAGGGCACGCACAAGUCAUUAUUUGAUCGGAGUGUAUACUCAGAUCUUUGACCAACCCGAAUAGGACAAAGAUCAGAGAUAUAUCCAGGAACUAAUCCAUUUUUAAUCUUAUAAAACAAAGUAACUUGAUGUAUUUUCCUUCUGUCACUAAGCUUAUGUAAACCAAUAUCUUGUAAUACACUGUUGGGAAGGAUCAGUGAUGCACAGGCCUCGAAGGCGAGCUGGUAGUCCCAUAAGAUUGCGAAGUUUGUCAUAAAUACAUCUUGCCCUGAGAUAGCUGGUAGGAACUUGCAUCUUAAAACUUCUUCAAGUGGUGCGAGCAAAAUGUCAAUAUUCGGGGUUGUCCGAGCUAAAUAUGUCAAUUUGCUCUUAAAACCAUGCGUGAAUGCGGCAUAAGCGGCUUGUGGUUGUGACAUAGCAAUGUCAGAGAGACGUUCAAGCUCUUCCUUCCAUGAUGGCACUUUCUCUUCAACGUAAUUUUCUACAAAAUAACGUGUUUCAAUUGCUGUACCCAAAUGCCUCUUUCCCUCCUGAGAAAUCUUCACUCCUGUGUCUUGAAAAAGCUGCUUUGCUUCUUCCAAGUGCCUUUCUUUCACAACAAGCCACGUCUUGUCAGCAUUGGGGAAAUAGCCGUAUUCUGGUCCUAUCUUUGAGAUGUUGUUCCACCAGUCUUUGUUUCACUUUUCUCAAAGGUGUAAUGACCGAAGUUCUUGCUCCAGAUAUAGAUAGAUAGCUCACUGCGUGUGACUGUUUUAUGAUACUUUUACUUUGUCUUCAUUUGGGUAUAUUUUAUUUACAUUGGUGAGACUAGAAUUAUCAUAAACUGUAAUCUCCAUAUAUAAAUCAAAUGAUGAAAAUAAAUUUUAUCUCUGAAUUUCACAUGAAUAUUCGUAAUUAUUUAUUCCGUGUAUUCCAUCAUAUCUUGACGGACUAUAUGCUGUCCUGAGUAUAAUUAUAUUCUCAGUGGCUUACAUCAAACGAACUGAAGAGUCUCGAAAACGAAGAAAAAUACUGAGACUGAGUUGUAAAAUGAUUUAUCUAAUGAGCUGUUUACCUUUUUCCUUAGUUAGAUAUAAAUGUUGGCGAUUCUGACCGUACACCAAUGAUCUCUUUUCUAGGUGUUUACUGCUAACUACGAUAAGGAGACUACAGUCAAACAGCGUCUAACUCGUGUAAUUUAUGCUCGUUUCAUACGACUAAAACCGACACAGUGGGAAUCUUCAGCUGCAGGGAUGAGAGCGGAGCUUGUAGGUUGUUACGUAGGUAAGUUCAUCGCAAACACUGAAACAAGACUCCUGCGUGAGUACCGUUCUAAAGUAUAGUCCAUGUUUACAAGGCUAGUAGUUUAAUAAUUUGCAGUUUUUGACGCUGCAAAUUUCGAAACCGUUGGAGUGGGUUGUGGAGAUGUCCCUACCCACAGCCUCUACGUCACUGUUAGAACUUGGGGUAUUCAUACCCGGCCAACGCAUAAAUCACCUCAAGGCUUCUUUCCAGUUUUUCAUGCAUGCGUGUACGCAUGCACUGAAAGUGUUAAUGAAAUCCAUUUAAAUUUACUGGUGAAAUAACUGAAUAAAUAAAAAAACAGCGUUUAGUUUUCUGAAUGAUUUAAUGUGUUGUUGUUGAGGUAGUUAGUACUUAGUAUAAAAUUUAGAAAGAUUUAAACUGAAAAACCCUUAAAUGGAAAGCAGCCUUUAGAAUAGUUUAAUUUGACAUGCGAGGGAGAACAUUGUAUUUGACUAUUAGCUACCAUGAGCCGGCUGUAUAAGAAAGGUAGUGAAAGCAGUUAGUGUAUUUCAUUUCGCGUAUGUGAGUUUUUUUUAUUCGCGUGAAUUGAAUUUCAUUUUAUAGUCGCGAAAAUCGCGAAAUUAAAUACAAAUGAGGUAUAUGCAUGGUAGCCUAAUCAUGCCAUUUCGAAUUGUUUUAUGUACGUAUUAUUACUGGUGGGACCUUAAGAAUCGAAUGGAGAUAAAUUGGAACAGUAUGGCGGUGUUUUAUUUGUUGAAUAAUGUUUUUGUUAUAACAAAUAUAACAAAUUUAAAAGAAAUAUAACAAAACUUUUUGUUAUAUUUCAAAGACUAAAACAAACCCUUCCUUCCUUCCUUCCUCCCUCCCUCCCUCGCUCCUUCCCUCCCUCCCUCUCUCCCUCUCUCCCUCCCUCCCUCCCUCCCUCCCUUCCUUCCUUCCUUCCUUCCUUCCCUCCCUCCCUCCUUCCUUCCUUCCUUCCUUCCUUUCUUCAAGAAAAACCGUCCCGUCUCCUCGAAACUUAAACACAUAGGGAAAUAAUAUGGGUUCCACCAUUUCAAUGUAAUUCUGUCACAUCUAAAUUAUAAUUGCACUCUUAUUUAUUUAGAGCGAGAUUGGUUUGAGUUAUGGCCUCUCGGGAUGGAGAGUCGUGUGGUUUUGGACUUUCAACUGAGUGCGUCAUCUUCAAAAUACUCACUCUCUGGGGCAGAUAAAGGCAGACUGAACCUGAACUAUACGUUUAAUACAACUACAUCAGAGAUUGAAGCGUAUGGUGGUUGGAUAGCAGCAGAUGAUGAUAGUGUCCCUUGGUUUCAAGUAAACUUUAUAACAAAUGUGACAAUUAGUGGAAUAGCUACUCAGGGUGAAGAUGAAGGGGAGGCCUGGGUAACCAGCUACGAAAUAUCUUAUGGCUACAGCAAGAAUUCCUUGCAGGAUUAUCAAGUGGAUGGGCAAGUCAAGGUAAAAGUUCGGCUUGUUUUAUGAUUUUUAGCCGUUGAAUUUCCAUCCAUAGCACUGGAAAAGAAUAGUGAAGUCCUUACUAUGAAAUUUGCGAUUGCAUCACUAAAUCAUUAGUAUAUCAAUACUAUAUUUCCAUAUUAUAUCCAUACUAUUAAAUUGAAUGCAUAAUUAGUGUGAAAAUUGUAUUUCCCUACUAUUUCCAACGAAGAUCCAUGCUUUUUCUAUAGCAAGGAUUUUGUAGUUUACUUCAUUGAAUUUAAUGCGUUAACGUUUCAAGUAGUGCCACUCGUCGCAGCACAUUAUAUGCGACGUCGCUGAGGGUUAGCGGGUUUUGUCGUAUAGUUGACAGAUGACACGAAAGCCCGUCGAGUAAAAUUCUGAAGCAUUAAAUUCAACGACUUGGGCUCGAAAACAUUUGAGUUCCAUACCAUCUAAAAUCUCUUCAUUUUAUCAUUAUAUUGAAGAUAAAGUAGUAAAACGGACUAAACGCUGUUUGUAAUCCGUCUUAUAUUUAAACCUUCCCUUGGGAAAUCUUGCUUCUUUUAUCUGCAUGAUUCUUACUGGAAAUGUACUAAACAAGGUAUUUUUAUCUCUAUUUGUUGAUUUUUGAUAAAAUAAAAUGGUGCGCGCUUAAAAUUAAUGAGUAUAAUAUACCAUGCACUAGCUUGGUUAUGACCACAUUAAAAUUUUUUAACUUUCUGAUAAACGUUUCUCAAUAUAUCAGCAAACAAACUUAAAGAGUAUUUUUAUUGCUUUAUCUUCAGUAUAAUGAUAAAAUGACUUCUUCUCUACAGUUAAUAUUUUCAUCUUCCAUCUAGGUCUUCUCUGCCAACAUUGACCAGAAUUCCACUGUCACACACGAUCUUCAACGUCCAUUCGUUGCUCGCUACAUUCAAGUCAAACCAAAAUCUUGGAACAGUAGAUGUGGUAUGAGGGUGGAAUUCUAUGGCCGGUUUGAAGGUUUGUAAAUGGCCAACGUUGAUAUUACCUUUUACGCUACAGCUUUCGCCAAUUACAGCGACCCUUUACACAAUACAAGACAAACGAACUUUAAAAUAUGGGGGGUUAAAAGCAGAAUACCCCACCAAUUUCUUCUUAUACACAAAUUUCUGUAUAUUCAAGCUUACUAAAUUCAUACCAUGCAGAAUAUUUAUAUUUUAAUCGUUUUUUAAAUAUUUAAGCUGGUUUUAAACACAGCUCACAGACUGACAGAGAAUUCUGCUUCUUCCCCAAAAAUCUAACAACAGCACGAUAUGGGACAAGACAGGUUACGAGAUGUAUUACAAGACAAACAUAUAGAUUUCAAAAAUUGCUUUCUAAUUUUGAUUUCAAUUGUAGACCAGGACAAUUCGACCUAUCUUGGGAUGACAAGUGGCCUAAUACGGGAUGGCCAAAUUACAGCAUCUUCUCAGUAUGACUGGCCACAUCGUGCAGCCGUAGGCCGGUUAAAUUUUGCCCCCAUUCCUGGAAAUGCUUGGAAUGGCUGGCGUCCACUUGAUGCUGAUAUGAAUCCAUGGUUCCAGGUUGAUUUUGAAACAUUUGCAACGGUGACGUCUAUACGUACCCAAGGACUGUCUGGCUCUGACUACUGGGUAAAAACGUUUAUUGUGUCGUUUGGCAACGAUGGGAUAAACUUUCAAGAUUACAUCGAAUUUGGAAUGCCUAAGGUAAGCAACAGGCCUACCAACUGUUAAGCAUAGACCACUAGCUAAUGACAUCGAUUGUAUCCAUAUUUUGUGGUAAAGGCUUGUUGACAUCAGUAAGUGAGAACUCGAGUGCAAAAUGUGAAGCCGAGAUGGAGCUAUUGGAUGUCUAUUUCAGUCCCUUUCUAUUGUUUUUGUCUGCGCGAUCGAACACAAAACUACAAGGUGUAUAUCAAGGUGUAUAUCAAAACGAGCCGUUAGCUAGAAUUAGCUAGGGUAAAAAUGGUAUUUAAACUGUUUAUGACCCUUCGUAGCUAUUGGACAUUCAUAGCUAUUGGACCAUCUUGGCUUCAAUUGUCUCAUAGGCCGAAUGACUCCGGACAUCUAUGGAGCUCACUGGUUGACAUAACUUCAAAUAUUUCUAUCAGUUUAUUUUAAAUAAAUGACUUUUAAAACUGAAUUCAAGAUUUUUCUUUAGCCUCGCGCCGAGAUAUUUUUAAAUCUUUUUAUAUGCAUUUGCAGAAUUGUCCAGAAUUAUGUGAAAUGCGCAUAAUCACUGAAAAGAAAAGUUUGUGCAUCUUAUUCAUUUUCAAGUGCAGGUCUUAAAAAUUGAGAACUAGCUUUGAAGUUGUCUGACUAGUCGUAUACGAUUCUUAUCCUGGCGUAUGUACUCGAAUAAAUAGGUGUAAAACUAUCACAUUUCAAAUUUCGCCAUAAACAGAUAAACAGGAAUAGUGGCGUCAGCAGUCGUUUUCAUACUCCAAAAUGACAAUCGUAUACAAUUAGUCGUAUCGUGUAAAUGAGGCUUUAUACAUGCACAAUUUAUGCAGGGAUACUACUGAGUGAGCUAUAGGUUACGUCUCCAAAAUUGAAAAAACUCGCGGAUUUUACUUUAUUUGUGUUAGUCCCACUGCUGCAGUGCCAUAUUCCAUCCAUGCGCCCGCAAUAUUUGAUGAACUUUAGACUUCGCUAGUGGUUCCUUUCCCCGGGUGUAAAUAGCUGGGCUCGGGGAUAAUAACCGGCUCAUGUGGCAAGGGUAUAUUUUUACGUGGGCGUUGUGUAUGGGUGGUCAUCUCACUGAUCUCAAAAUACAGCUGUUUGCCAGGAGUGAAGGAGGCAAAAAUAUUUUAAAAACAUGUAAGAAAGAUUGGAAAGUCGUCUCACAUAACAAAUUGUAAAAGUUUUUUUUCAGUUUUUAAACGUAAACAAUAAGAAUUGAUUUAGUAUGAGAAAUCCUGAAGUAUAAGGGAAGUUUGUUUCAAUUCUUUAUGAAUUAUGUAUGACUUUGUGUCUUUGUAUUAUAUAGACUUUGUUUUUGUCUUUCCUAUGCAAAAUGCAUUAUAUGCGAAAUUAAAAUAAAUUUUGAUACAAAGGAAAGCAAAUUAUGUUCAUUAGCGUCCUGUAUGAAUUAAAUUUAUUUCAUUUCUAAGUGCGAGUAAUAAGUUGAAACUCGAGUUGAAGAGUAUAUCGGCAAAAAGCAGUUAAUUUCAAUUCACAUUUAAAAACGUUUUACGAAGAGUUUCGUGUUGAAUUUUACAUUAAAAUAAAGCCCAUAGAAACCAAAAUAAUUUGCGUACUUUAUAUAUUUUAGCAAAAUAAUUUGCGUACUUUUUUAAAAGUGCUCAAGUUUAACUUUUUUCCAGUUUUGUACAAAAAAAUUAAAAAAAAACCAAUUAUCGUGUUGCCAUGGCUAACAUUAACAUGACGUGAGUAGCGCCAGUCUGCGUUCAGUGUUGGCGUAAUUACGAAUAAUGUUUGGAAAAUAUAGGCGAGGGGUUGUUGCAUGCAUGUAUUUCCAGUUAAGGCUACCAAGUUGUGAAGCAAGGGUUACUUGCACCCAGCCAAACCUCGUAGGAUCUCUAAAUCAGAGGGCGCAUGUGCAAGUUGUGGCCUCUGCAUUCGUUGACCUGACCUCGCAAUUUCCGGUUCUGAUGAAAUAUACCGACCAGAUUAACUAUGAAGAGAGGCCAUGUCACAGUGAUGUUUUGCUAUCCCCAUACUCGUAUUACUAGGGAUAUGGUUAGGAUUAGGGUUACUGGGGAUGGUAGCAAAACACGGGGUACAUAUCACUGCAUGUGAUAGCAGUAAAUAGCUUACACGGUCACACUCCAAUGUCUGCCGCAUGCAACUGCCAUAUUAUCUCUCCGUCCUAAAAAAGAAUCUUGUCUUACCCUGUCACUUUUAAUAGUUAAUAUUUAAUUUUCUUAUUUUUUAUUUACCCAAAAGGUUUUCAUUGGAAACUACGGUAAAAUUAUAAUAAUCCGACAACGUUUGUUGAAUGUCAUAUUCGCACGGUUUGUUCGACUAAAGCCAACGGAUGAGGAGACCUAUGUGGGGUUGAGAGUUGAGUUUAAUGGAUAUUAUAUAGGUAAGUUGAAAGAAUGCUCAUAGUUGCGCAUAUAUAUAAGUACAUGCGAAGAGAUGGUAGCCUGAGUAUCACACUCUGUUUUCCCUUUCUUAAAUGCGGGUGAAUGGGAGGGACUAGCGCAAAUGAAGGGCCUAAUACAAAUACUUGUCUGGCUACAUUUAAAAAAGCCAGAAUAUGGCUUGUCACCUAUUGGUCUCUCAGACAAAAUCUGACUUUUUAUUGGUUAUAUUAUUAUAUUUAGUAGUUUUAAGUGUUAUUUAAAACACGAGUAGGAAUGUUUUAUCAGACAUUAUAUCAGAAUGAUAAAACACGACAAGGUAUAUCAAUCAUGCAUGUGUUCGCUCGCUUCUCUGGUUUAAGGCUAGCCUGCAUGGCAGGCGGUAUUUCUACGGGCAGCGAAAAUUAGGGAAGCAAAGGAAUGCAGGCUAGUUUAAGGCCGUUUUCCACUAUAGGCGGAAUUUUGCGCGCGGAGCGGAAUUUCUCUUUGUCUUUUCUAAUUAGUUCCACCCGAGAAAUCACAAGACAAAGAAAAAUUCCGCUCCGGAAAAUUCCGCCUAGUGGAAAACGGCCUUUACAGAUGUUGUCUUAUUAACAUUCUUUAUGUACUAUUUAAAGCGCGCGUAGGAGUGUUUUAUCGCAUAUAAAACACGACGCGUAGCGGAGUGUUUUAUAUGUGAUAAAACACGACUACAAAACGACUCAUCUUAUACGAUUUCAUUGGCGAAGUAAUUUUUAAAAUAAACUUUGUCUAAACCGAGAAAAUCAAAGCUAAAGUUUAUGUAAAUUAACAUGAUAUUAUAUCACAUAUAAAACCACGACACGCUUAUGAUUUUUCUUUGUGUUUUGCUCCUGAAUUAUUAAUGAGUUUUUUAAAUAAGAAUACUAAAUUAAUUAGGAUGAACAAUUACAUAAUACCAAAUGUCAUUGUGUUUUAUCAGAUAUAAAGUCACUCCACGUGACAUAUUAUGGCUGACAUGAUUUUUCAUAAGGUUUAUGAAUUAUUAACGAGUAUUUUUGUCCUCACUUAUAUAAUGGUUCCCCCUUGAAUCGAACCUUAAUCUUUGUAAUCUAAUUUUAAAUUCUUCGUUUCUUUUUGCAUGGUGCUGUUAACUGCAUGAAUUCGUCCAGCCAGGCUUUUGGAAGCGCCGAAAAGUGGAAAUUUUACUUUAAAAACUGGUUUUGGUUAUUGAAAAAAAUAAUUACGUUAACAAUUUUCUACGUAGAAUGUUUAUAAACACAAUCUUUUGAAAGUCCUGCAACUAUGUAUAUAGUAUCGCAUUGCAUUCAUACAAUAUACUAUACCGAUCAUAUCGUAUUAAAAAUUCAUGAGAAAAUGCAAUAGAAAUUAAUGUUUGGACUGCAGUUGCACGAAAUCCAUCAACAUAUGCCGUUCAGGAGUAAUGUCUGUCCACAAAAUAGUUCUCCUUAAUUCCAACAGUUUUCGUUUUAUUUUCUCAUAUUUUCGCAAUUUUGAGUAUUAAGAUAUCUUGAGUUUCGUGAACCGUUAAAUUCGAUUUCCUGACAAGCGAUUAAUCUGGUAUCGUGUAAUUAUAGUGAAUGACUGUAAAUUUGUUAAAGAUUUCGUCUUGAUUUGUUCGACGUUCUCAGGAAAAAUUAGUUUAUGCCUUUGAAUUAAGGAUGAUUUGAUUAAAUGAACACUUACAUGCACGCAUAUCAGCAUCAAUUAUCACUCCGUACAAGAAAAUAUAGAUCAUUCAAAUUGUAUAUAGAUGAAGUUGCGAUAAGAGCUCGUAUAGUUCAGUUGGUUAGAGUGCUACACCGGAAUCGCAGUUGCAUUUUUUGCAACUGUUCCUGGUUAGGUCUAAUAAAUGUAUAAAAACCCUACAAAAACGUUUCUAUAAAAGAACCGUACUAUAGCUAUUCCACAAAACUAUUCCACCAUACGCAUGCAUGCUUUUGAUCCCAUGCAGUUCGACCGCGUGCUUUAUCUCUGACUUCAAUGCUCUUACUUAGAAUAUGACUGUGUCGACCCAAUUCCGCUUGGUUUGGAGAGAAACUUGAUCGCGAAUUCUCAGUUAAAGUCGUCAUCUGAGAAAGAUGAAACAACACGAGCUACAAAUGCUAGACUCAGACUGAAGCCGGUAGAUGGUGAAAGAGUCGGUGCAUGGAUAGCUUCAGCUGAUGACGGAAAUCCUUGGCUUGAAGUUGAUUUUAAGUCCAAUGCAACAGUAAGAGGAAUUACUACUCAGGGUCGAUAUGAUGAGGCUGAGUGGGUCACCAGUUAUGAAGUGUCGUAUAGUAUUGAUGGAAUAACUUUUGAUACGUAUGAAGAAAAUGGACAAGUUAAG